AGAGUAGCCUUCUACCACUGCUCUUUGUUUGUCCGUAGUUCAAAAUGGCCCCUCCCAACACAAAUGAGAUUGGUGAAGCAGAAACAGAAAUUGAGAGAGAAUUCCAAAUUGAUGCUGAUCCAAUUGGCAGUGAUCCAGGGUCCAUGUAUCUUAUUCUUCAAGAAUUUGCUUCAUCAUCAUCAUCAUCUAAUAAAGACGUUACCAUUCACAGGGUUUUGGAACCUCUGCGCAUCCUCAACCCAGAAGCUUAUACGCCCACUGCUAUCUCUAUCGGCCCUUUUCACUCCGGUAGAAAAGAUCUUAAGGCUAAUAAAUUCAAACCUAUGUACCUUCAGCAAUUCCUUGAGCUCACCUCUCUCGGCCUGUCGGAGAUUGUAGAUAUAGUCCAGAAUUGGGAAGAAAAAGCUAGACGUUGUUAUGCAGAAUCCAUGGAGAUGAGCAAGGAGGAAUUUGUGAAACUUCUGGUCUUGGAUGCCUGUUUCGUGGUCAUGCAUCUCAUCAGUUGGGUGUACCCAAAUUUCGAGCCCAAAAACAAGGAGAAUUUAUGGCAAUUCAGGAAUGAAAUAUAUCGUGAUCUGUUGCUGCUUGAAAACCAGCUUCCUUUCUUCCUUCUCCAAUCUUUAUACAACCUCUUUGUCCUCUCUCAACCUUUACUGGAACUUAGUUUCAUUCAAAUUGUUCAUCGUUAUUACACCGACCACAAUGACCGUGAGUUUUUUUUUAUUGAUAUCAAUCGCCGCCAAGUCGAUCAUUUUGUUGAUUUAUUAAGAAUGCCUAAAACUCGUGAGUAUUCCCAUGAAGACUUCUCCGACUACCUAUUUUGGCCACCGACUGCCACAGAGCUUCACGAAUGUGGCGUUAUUUUCAGGACCGGGAAUGACAUAAAAUUUAAUGACAAAAGGGGCUGUCUACAACUGCCGAAAAUCAGCAUAGACGAUAAUUUUGAAAAUCGUGUGAGGAACAUUAUAGCUUAUGAGCAAUGCCAUAUUGACAGUGAGUUAAGGAACUCGGUGACCAACUUUACUGCGUUUAUGCAGUGCUUGGUCAAGUCAAACCAAGAUAUGAAAUUGCUGAUUGAGGGAGGAAUCAUACUGAACUACUUGGGUGGUAUCAAAGAGGUCACCCAAUUAUUCAGCAACCUCGGUAAGCACGUCUGCAUUGGAAUCAACUACUACGGUAAAGAUUGCAAAGAAAUGAAAACAUAUUGCAAGCACCGCCGCCAUCGUUGGAUGACGUCGUUGCGGCGCAACUAUUUCAGCACGCCAUGGCAUUGUGCUUCCUCCAUUGCGGCCAUCCUCCUCCUUGCCCUCACUCUUAUACAGACCAUCCUGGCUGUAGUCACCGGAUUCAAACAAACUUCUUAAUUGAAAUUCAACAACUUAUGUUCAAGUUGGGUCUAUUAAAUUUAUAUUCAAACCUGGUACCAUUUUCAC